GCAUUUCUAUUCAGUUUAAACAAUAAGUUAACAGGUACUUAAGUACAAUAUUGAUAAUUUAUUAUAACUUUAAUAAUUGUAUAAGUUAAUUUAACUCUAUAAGUACUAAACAUAACAACUAAAAUGGUCGCCUGCAAAAAGAAUACUAAUAAAGUUGAAUGUACUGCGUUAUCGACUUCAACGACGACUGAACCCAAGGGUUCAAAGUUUGUAGAUUCUUGGGUACACGAUUCUUCGCCGCUGGACAUAGAUUUGGAUAAUGUAACGCCAAUUAUUCUUCCACCACUAAUUUGGUUGGAAUCAGAAACGAUACCCUUAAAAAUGUCUAUUAGAAAUAUAGGAACGACAUUUAAUGUUGAUGCCGAAUAUUCCGGACCAAGACCUUCGUUGAAUGGUUCUAUAUUACAGUAUCCGUACGAGUUUUCAAGUUUUCAUUUUCAUUGGGGUACUAAACAAGACAAUGGUAGUGAACAUCGUACAAUGGGAAAAUGUUCUCCAAUGGAAAUACACUUAGUGUUUUAUAAUAUCAGUUACUCAAAUACUUCCGAAGCCUUUAACGCUAAAGAUGGUAAAUUGAUAUUGACGUAUAUGUGUAAAUUGGAUCGCUAUGAAAAUGCCACGUUGGACAAUUUGACAUCAAAUUUAAAAAAAAUUAAUAAACUAGGAGAAUUUAUCGAAGUAGAUUCGUUUGCAUUAUCAAACUUGUUUGAUAAUGAUUUACAAAAUUAUCACAUGUAUUGGAGUGCAUGUGAAGUUGUUCGUGAAAAUCUAGUAUUAUGGAUGAUUUCUUCAAAAGAAAUUUCAAUCAAUGAAGCACAGUUAUCUCGUAUGCGAUCUCUUAAAGGACCUGAUAAUAAGUUUAUAAUGUCAAAUUGUCGAUUGGCAAAAUUAUCAGGGGGGAACAAAGUGCUACACGUGACUCAGCAUCCAAUAGACCAAAAGAAAAUUCAGUCGAUGGAAGAAAAGGACAAUAUUGCAUUAGCAGCACCAGAAAAAAUUGAUAUGCCGAGUAACAAACCAAGUACAUCUGCACAAACAAAGCAAAAAGAACCGGAACAAUUAUUGUCUAAUAAAAGCAACAUCGAUAGUGAUGUGGCUAAAAAAGAAGAUGUGAUUAUUUCGGUAGUCACUACCGUUCCAACAGCUAAUCUAACAGUAACAAACGAAAUUCGGUCUAAAAAAGAUAUAAAAUCUACAAAAUCACUUGAUUUGGAGGACCAACGUAAAGAUAUGGAACACAUUUUGAACAUCACCAAACCUUUAUGUUCAAAUAACAAAGAGAAAAACAUACUAAAUGAUCCAGAACUGACAAAGAAUAUAGUAAUGAGUUCUAUCGACGAUCUUAUGUUCGAUUUAACAAAUUACAAUAAAGCAGAGUUAAAACCUUCUCAACGACCAGAAGUACAGAAAAACCACAGAGAAGGAGUUCGAAUGAAUACUACGGCUUUAAGAAGAGAAAUGCAUAUUAAAAACAAAGAUAUAAUAUCUAUAAAAUCACAUGAUACGGAAGAUCAACGUGAAGAAAUGGAGUUGGUAGCCGAGAAUUUUGAUUCAGAUCUGAACCUAAUGCAACCUUUAGAUAUAAAUAACAGAGAGAAAAAUAUAGUAAAUGACGUGGAACGGACAAAGGAUAAUACGGUUAUGAGCUCCAAAGACAUCGUUACAUUAAACUCGAUAAACCAAGAUAAAGUGGAGGUUAAAACAUCUCAACGGCCAUCUGUAAAGAAAACCCACAGAGAAGGAGUUCGAAUGAAUGCUACAGCGCUAAGAAGAGAAAUGCACAUUAAAAACAAGCAACAAAUAAAUAUUGAGAAAACGAAUAAAAAUGUGCAUAAAUUUUAAAUUUCUUUCAUACAGGUUUGUGCGUGUACAUAAACUAAUUGAUCAUGUAUGCAGUUUUAUGUUCAAGUAUUAUCUAUAAUAAAAUCACAAUAUUGAAACGCGUAAUCAUGUGUUGUCAGCCGUCAGAGGUGA